AUGGCAAUCAAGAAAACACAUUUUCCUUUCUUAACUCUCUUUGUUGUAAUAAUCAUUAUAGAAUAUCUAAAAUUCGACGUUGUUCAUGGCUACGAUCGACCACCAGCUCGUAAAACCAUAUUUAUCUCUCACGACGAUAAUGACACCGUGCCACAACAGGUACAUAUAUCUCAAGUUGCGCAAGACAAGAUGAGAAUAUCAUGGAUCACAGAAAGUCCAACCCCAUCAAAAGUGGAAUACAAUGAAUUUCUUUCGAAAAACACAGUUUCUGCCACUGGAAAUACCUCUUCUUAUCGUGAUGGUUUCUAUAAGUCCGGUGAAAUUCACAACGUUGUAAUUGGUCCCCUCAAACCCAACACAGUCUACCAUUACCGUUUGGGUGAAUCAACUAAUACAACAUACAAUUUCAAGACUACACCUGAUCGAUUUCCAAUCAAGUUUGCUAUAGUUGGAGAUCUUGGACAAACAGAGUGGACAGUUUCAACUCUGAACCAUAUAGCUAAUUCAAGUUACGAGAUGUUGCUAUUACCAGGAGACUUAUCCUAUGCUGAUUUUAUACAAAAUCUAUGGGACUCCUUUGGUCGUUUGGUUGCACCAUUAGCAAGCCAACGUCCAUGGAUGGUCACUCAAGGUAACCAUGAAAUCGAAAGGAUUCCAAUCGUCCACAAAACACCAUUCACAGCAUACAAUGCAAGAUGGAAAAUGCCAUUUGAAGAGAGUGGCUCAACCUCUAACCUUUAUUAUUCAUUUGACGUGUCUGGUGUUCAUGUCAUAAUGUUGGGAUCUUAUGCUGAGUUUCACCAUAAUUCUUCGCAAUACAAAUGGCUUCAAGGGGAUUUACUAAAGAUAAAUAGGGGAAAAACUCCCUGGGUAGUGGUGUUGAUUCAUGCUCCAUGGUAUAAUACUAAUAAAGCUCAUCAGGGUGAGGAUGAAUCUGUUGACAUGAAGGCUUCUAUGGAAGAUUUGCUCUAUCAUGCUCGGGUUGAUGUUGUUUUUGCAGGACAUGUUCAUGCCUACGAACGCUUUACUCGAGUUUAUAAAGAUAAAAGUGACAAUUGUGGUCCGGUGCAUAUUACCAUUGGAGACGGAGGAAAUCGUGAAGGACUAGCCAGAAGGUACCAAGAUCCAAAGCCAGAUAUAUCAUUAUUCAGAGAGGCUAGCUUUGGACAUGGGCUAUUAGAAGUGGUUAAUGCAUCACAUGCACUUUGGACAUGGCAUAAGAAUGAUAAUGAUAAAUCAGUUGCUAGUGACUCUAUUUGGCUAACAAACUUAUUUUCUAAUCCCACUUGUAAAGUGUGA